GUUGUGUCGAAUCGUAGUGUUGUGAAAACGGCAUCGGAGUUCAGGUGUAAAUCGUUGCAUCACUACCAGAUAGAGUUGCUAAUGGUAAAUAUUAAUGUCGAGUUUACAUAAGGUUAGCCAACACACCACUUUAAAUCAGUGCUCAGAAGCUUGAUAGCCAGCUUACCUUAGCAUCUCCAGUGUGCUAGUAGUGCUGCUAGAGAGCAGAUAUCGUUCAAGUUCCAGCAAUGUCAAUGUGGAAGGGACUGCACAUGACAGCGCGUGCCGCUCAUGGAAUUCAUGUUUCCUCGCGAUUUAUCCAUAAACACACGCAACUCUGCACCAUUUGGUCCCGAAACAUCAGCACUGGUAGACCCGUGCAAAAUGAGUUCUUCAAAGAUCUGGAGAACCAGUUCAAAGCGUUCAGGGAGAAAGCGGCGGACGCCAUGCCUGGCAGUGACUGGACUCCGUUUGAGAAGAACCGCUCACUCCCCCCUGAGAGGGCGGACAUCGUGAUCGUAGGAGGUGGCGUGGUGGGCUGGUCCAUUGCCUAUUGGCUGAAGCAGAAAGAGAUGAUUCGGGACGGGGUGCGGGUGCUGGUGGUUGAGAAGGACCCCACUUACUCCCAGGCCUCCACGGUGCUGUCUGCUGGGGGGAUUCGACAGCAGUUCUCCCUGCCAGAGAACAUCCACCUGUCCAUGGCCUCUGCUGACUUCAUGAGGAACAUCAAUGAACACUUGAGUGUACUGAAUGAAGACCCCGUGGACCUGCAGUUCAACCACUCCGGAUAUCUCUUUCUGGCCAGUGAAAAAGUGGCUCAUAUCAUGGAAGAAAACUACAGCACCCAGAGACAUGCUGGAGCAAAAGUCUCUCUUCUUUCACCCACACAACUGAAGGAGAAAUUUCCAUGGAUCAACACUGAUGGAGUAGUGCUGGCUUCAUAUGGGCUGGAGAACGAGGGCUGGUUUGACCCCUGGAUGCUGUUGAACGCUUUCAGACGGAAGGCCAUCUCCAUGGGGGUCUACCAGUGCUUUGGAGAAGUCACAGGUUUUAGGUAUACCACAAACACAAUGACUACUGCAGAAGGAGACAAGGUGGAUUUCAGGAGAAUUAAGUAUGCUAAUGUCCAGAUGCCCAACAGUCUGGAGUACCAGCCUGUGGAGUGUGCCAUCGUAGUGAACGCUGCAGGUGCCUACUCCAGUAAGGUGGCAGAGAUGAUGGGCAUCGGGUUCGGCCCGAAAGACACCAUCGCUGGCAUCCCGCUACCCGUGGAGCCCAGGAAAAGGUUCAUCUAUGUGGUCCACUGUCCAAACGGGCCAGGGCUGGACACUCCCUUCCUCGUAGACUACUCUGGAGUGUACUUCAGACGAGAGGGGCUGGGAGGAAACUACAUUGCUGGGAUGUCACCAGAGGAGGAAGAGGAGCCAGAGACCAAUAACCUGGAGGUGGACCACGAGUUCUUCCAGGAGAAGAUCUGGCCCCAUUUGGCCCACCGGGUCCCUGCCUUUGAGUGCCUCAAGGUGACGAGCGCAUGGGCCGGCUUCUAUGACUACAACACAUUUGACCAGAACGGCAUUGUGGGCAUGCACCCGCUGGUCAACAACAUGUUCUUCGCCACAGGCUUCAGCGGGCACGGGCUGCAGCACUCGCCGGCAGUGGGGCGCGCCAUGGCCGAACUCAUCCUGGACGGGGGCUUCAAGACCCUGGACCUGAGCGCCCUCAGCUUCAAACGCAUCAUGACCAAGGAACCCAUGUUAGAGCGGAACAUUGUCUAAGAGGGAGAGGAUGAGUUGGACAUUUUGGCGAAGGGAGAAAAGAGGAAUGCCUUGUCCCAUUCUACAGUCUUGCGGUAUAUGGUCUCGAAAUGUGAGUUUGCACAAGUUUCUGGUAAGGUGAAUGGUGUCCUAUUCAUUUCUUCACUAAAGUGCAUGAGGGAACGACCGCACAAUUCACAAGCUCAAUUCAGUGGUCUACCGGUGAGACCACAUGGCAGCGGCCUCAGCCAAAGUGCUUUGUACUUAGAAACAGUCACCCAUAGCUUGGGAGUGCUCAGAACUCUGACCGCAAGAAUGGAAAAAAUGGGAUGAGGCAGAAACGCAUCUCAGGAAGGAGUGAGGGACUUUGUGGGAUGAGGAAGAGAAGAAAGGGGGUAGAAGAGAGCCCUGACAGCAAACAUGGACUUCUGAAGUUGCCACUGAAUUUAAGAUGCCCAAUAUCUAACAUACUGUACAGAAUAAUAUAUGGUACAGACAUACAAUGUGUUGUCGCAAUUAGAAAGUCUUUGUUGGAUAUUGGAGUAAAUUCCAUUCCUCCAAUGGUAAACCUGUAUUGUAUGGCUUGAUUAUGCAUCUAUAGAUAAAACAUUCAGGAUAUGUUUUGUAUGAAUAAUAUAGCUGGGGCGAACAGGAGCUAGGCCUACCCCUGGGAUAACAGGAGCUAGGCCUACCCCUGGGCUAACAGGAGCUAGGCCUACCCCUGGGCGAACAGGAGCUAGGCCUACCCCUGGGCGAACAGGAGCUAGGCCUACUCCUGGGCGAACAGGAGCUAGGCCUACCCCUGGGCGAACAGGAGCUAGGCCUACCCCUGGGCGAACAGGAGCUAGGCCUACCCCUGGGCGAACAGGAGCUAGGCCUACCCCUGGACUUAUGGUCAACGAAAAUAGUGUAUUUCACUGGAUCCCAGUAACUGGAAAUACUAGUUUGAUGUACUUUCUGAGAGCACUACUCACCACUCUACCAAUUGAUGUCCAGUAUUCCUGGCUAGUGACCGUCUUUAAUAGUCCCCUGUAGCUCAGUUGGUAGAGCAUGGCGCUUGCAACGCCAGGGUUGUGGGUUUGUUUCCCACUGGGGGCCAGUAUGAAAAUGUAUGCACUCACUAACUGUAAGUCGAGCGUCUGCUAAAUGACUUAAAUGUGAUUUUGUAAUUGAAGCCAUGGGUGUCUAAAGUAGUUAAUUUGACUCUUGAUCACAUAUGAAGCAUUAACAUUUAUACAAAUACAUGUGAUGCGGUAGACGUCAAUAGAUUGACCAAAACAAUGGAAACGCCCCCCACGCCCCCCUGGGGGGUAGGUCCAGAGUCUCCUCAUUGCCGCCCAUCAAAAUUAUCCUACAUUUAGGCUAUUGUUUGUAUUUCACACUGUUGGGGUAAGAAUCUGAGCAUAAUCCUUGUAUAGAUGUCAACCCCAAUCCAUGUUCAUGUUAUCGUCACCAAUCAACUGCAUUACAGUUAAACGACGACUGACUACCACCCCUGAUUUCUAUAUGCUAGUUAUGCUACAACCUUAUUCGAACGGGAGUUGGCAUUUAGCAGACAUUUUUGUAAACCUGAAAAGGACAACUUUUAAAUAUUAUGCAGCGAGAACAAUAUAUCCAAAUCGGAUUUUAGUAACCACCUUGUGGGCCUGUUCAGAACACAAUCAUGACGGAUUUGACGAAUAUCCACUUAAGUUAGAUCAGCUUUUUUUUUUUAUGGGCGCCAGUGACUGCGUCCUUCUAUCCACCACAGUCUGCGUUCCAUCUCUUUACCGCAUGUAUGGUUGUUUUCUUCAGUGUGUUGAUCUCCUGCUGCAUGUGCAUUGCUUAUUUUACAGGCCAAAUUUCACUGCAAUAAAUUCCCUUAAUAUUUGAAA